CAGGUCAGCUUUUAUAACUUGUUUCUUGGACACACAAUUUGUAAAAUAUUUAUUUCCAGAAUAUUUAUUUGAAAAAAUUCUCUCUGUUGGUAUCACGAUGACAGAAAUCGAAUUAACAAGUACACUAUUCUUAUUUAUAGAAUAAGAAUGAUCAUUCAAUCGGAGCCUCGCGCUUCUUAGCACAAGUAUCCAAAAAAAUGGAUUGUCCAGCGAAAAUUAUCCUUCGAGAUAUUAUUUCCUUUCCAGAUUACAAGAUAGACAAGUUAACUGAAUGGAAGAAGAAAAACUGCGCCAAAAAGUUGAAAAAUGACUGGGCAGCUAAUAAAUCCCAAGUGAAGACCAACAGAAAAAUUUGGAUAAAAAUAUUAGAUUGUCACGCAGACCAUUUGCAAGGAGAGCGCGGUGGUAUCAGUCAACAAGUCGAUUCAAGAAUAACAACGAAAAUUCACGCACUCGUUGGUCAAGGAGUAAGGCAAGUAAAAGAGAUGGAAAGACACAUAAAGAUAUAUGUUCAAAAUGAGUUGUUUUGUGAUAAAAUGCUUCCUUCACCAACAAACAGAAGAUUUUUUCCCACACGACGUGACAUCACAAACCACAUGUACAUAAGCACAACAAAGUUACGUUUAUCAAAAAUCGAUCAAGAAAACUUAGCAUUGAAAAUAGAACAAUGGAAAAAGCAAGCACCUACCGACAACUUCUUUUUUAGAGGUUGUUUAGAGGUGAUUUUGAUGCACUGGAAGACUUAG